UUGAAUUAGUUAAUGAUUCGUUUUCCAAUUUAAAAACAGUUCCAAAGGAAAAUUGAGCAUACAAAUCACUUGCCAAGGGCUUCGAGAUGGUUCGCGUACACGUGAAGUACGGCGACGGCGACGGCGACGGCGAGUUCCUCUACGACACUGAAACGACUUCAACAGUUGAUGAAAUCGCCAAAGACAUUACAGAAAUCGCGAAUCUCCAAUUGAAGAUUCAAUACCUCGCCCUCAAAUUCCAGCCUUAUCUCUCCAAGCUUCAAGGCGAUCCUAAAGUGAUGCCUCUUGUCAGAGCUCUCUCAGAAGCUACUUCGUACGCCUCCAAGGACCAGGUUAUACAUAACAAGCCUCUAUCAUUGUGUGUACUAAGAGAUCACACAAGAAGCAUUGAGAAGGAAUUCUUGGUAACAUGCAGAGUAAUCGGAUUAUCAAGUUCCGAUUUGCAGCAGUUCUUGUCAGGCUUACAUCUCCAUGAAGAAAAUACAUUGCAACUUUUGUGGGCAGGAAAAGAGCUCACCAGAGGGAAAAAGUUGUGCGACUUUAUAGGAAGAAAUGAGAAGACAAAGAUUCUAAUUAAGCUGCAGCCACAUGUUCCACCUCCUGCAUCACUUUCUGGUGGAGAAAAUUCUUGAAAUAAAAUGUCCUCUGGUCCGUGAAUGACUUUCAAAUUGAGGAACACACUCCUCUUGAAUGCCUUUCUUGUUUAUUGGCGUGUAUUCCUUCCUUCUGAGCUGCAAAGGUUUGUGACUUACCAAGACAUUUAACUGCCUGCUAGUUGACAGGAUGUUGCAAAUACUGCACGCCUGAAUUAUUUAUGUACUCCUUGCAUCUCAACUAUGACGACUGUCCUGAACAUUCUAAUGCUUAAUGCCACAAGUCAAACUCAGUGAAUCAUGUCAUCAGAUUCCUAUAAUUUGUAAGCUAAUGGAAAUAUUUAUUUAUUUUUAUGGAUUUUUGUCUUCCAAAAGGUGUCGUAUUUUGGCUA